CUUAAGGAUGAGCGCGUGAUCGUUUUUCGUCACGUACGCUCUCAAGCUCUUCUAAAAUGUUGCUCCGCUUAUCAAAAUUCCACGAUCUGUGCCGCCUAAAUCACGCGCCCAUCUCUAUUGCAGUUUACUUUGUGUAAGACGAGACCGCCUUGCUAAUUUGUUUAUUUUAUGAGAUUUUUCGCUUCAACUGAAAAACAAUGAGUUCCACGACUGCAUCCUCCUUCUUCAGCUCAGACACAGCCGCCUUAGAGCGCGAAGCAGAGAUUCAAACAGAGCAGCCGGUAACAUUCGAACAAAUCUGGAAUGAAACUCAUAAGAAAGUCAGCUGCGGUUGGAUAAAACAAAAUGGUUACAAACGGAUAUGCCUGCAAUUUCCAGAUGACUACUUGCCACACAGCAAUGGCAUCAGCAGUAGCUUAACGGAAGCACUAAAGGCGGAGGAGUGUAAAGUUUUCAUUAUGGCUGAUACAACAUACGGCAGUUGCUGCGUAGAUGAAAUAGCUGCAGCUCAUGUGGAAGCUGACAGCAUUAUACACUUUGGCAAUGCAUGCCGCAGCAAAGGAAGUCGCUUACCCGUGCUUUAUUUGUAUCCCAUGCUGCACUUGGAGAUGGCUGAGCUGUUAAAGCAGCUGGUUAUACUGCAACCGGAGUGCGCAGAGCGUGAAGUGUGCUUGUACUUGGAUAUUGGUUAUCAUCAUUACGAGCAGCAGACUACCGAUGGCGAAGACACUUUCCAUAGUCAAGUGCGUGACGCUCUGCAAUCGGCCAAGUUGCAGAUUGAGCUGUACCCAUCCGCAGCUGAGGAUGUUGAUAACAAGCCAGCAGAGGACACUACAGCAGAGCGGAUUUGCAUUUUUGUCGGCGCUGAUAAUCAGCGGUUUGCCAAUCUAUCGUUGACCACAAAAGCUGCCCAAUGGCAUAUCUUUGAUGGCGCGAUAGGCACACUUAGCGCCAAGAAUCCGCUGACAGCACAGUAUAUCCGACGUCGCUACUAUUAUAUAGAAAAAUGCAAGGAUGCGCAAACCUUGGGCUUAAUUGUGGCCACGUUGAGCGCUGUUGGCUAUCUGGAUGUGGUGUCGCGUCUGCAAACUAUGGCCAAGAGCCGUGGCAUAAAGACACAGCUCAUUUCAGUGGGUCGUAUUAUUCCAGCGAAGCUGGCGAACUUUAUGGAAAUAGACUGCUUUGUGCUCAUUGGUUGUCCUUUUAACAAUAUGUAUAACUCUAAGGAAUACUACAAGCCUAUAGUUUCAGUUUUCGAAGCGGAGAUGGCGCUGAAUCCAGCUUGGCAUAUGAAAUACCCAGAUGCUUAUGUGACAGACUUCAAGCAGCUGCUGCCAGAGGGACGCAGUUUCCUACCUUUCGACGAGGCAGCCAUACCAGAGCAGGAUGUGAGUCUGGUUAGUGGACGCAUGCGUGGCGGAGUGGUUAGCGCUAAUGGUGCAGCUGAGAUUUCGAGUAACACAGUAGCCACACAAGCCAAUAUGUCGGUAAUGACCACAAAUACGGGCUUGACAUUUGAGGAUCGCUCUUGGCAAGGCUUAGAUCCAGCGCUGGGUCAAACCGAACCAGCACAACUGCAGCAGGGACUUAGUGGCAUUCCUACCAGCUACACGCACAAUUAAUGUAGUUUUUUAUGUAAAUAAAAUGCAACGA